ACGAUACUGGUACUACUGCAAUGUCUUCGGCGGGCAAGAUCACCAUCCGACCGCGCAGAAGCACCGCAGGGCCGUCCAAAUUGCCCAGCGCUCAACCGAGCGCGACGCCCACACCCGACCCAGAGCCUGCAGACGCGCAAACCGACAACACCCCGGGAACGCCGUCUGAGCCCGCGAUUGACGUCGACGGGUCUGAUGCGGACGCAGAACUUGUUGCUGAGACGCCGGUGGUGCCGGUGAAGCGUGGACCGGGCAGGCCCCGCGGGUCGAGAGGGCGCGGGAGAGGGAGGGGUAAGGGGAUCACGAUCAAGUUGCCCGGAAGGCACCACGAGGCGGCGGGGGAGGACGGGGACGCGUCGAAUGUGGAGGGAGGGGCGGCGGCGAGUCCGGCGCCGGAUGCGGGUGGGGAGGCGGAGGAGCCUGUGGGGAGAGGCAAGCCGUUCAGGACGGUGAACGGUGUGGCAUAUAUCAUCGAGGGCGAUGAGCUUCAAACCGAAGACGACCCGAAAGGUGACACGAAGAUAGACGUGCACGGGAAUUUACUCGGAGGGAGAGAAUUCCGAGCAGCGACGUUCAGGUUGCCAAACCGCGACCCCAACCGAAUGUACAUGCUCGCAAUCGACGCCGCGCGCACAUCCGGGUUCCGCGACUCGCUGUACUACUUUCGACGGAACCCGAAGGCGUAUAAACUCAACGCGACGCAGGCGGAGAAAGACUACCUCAUUGCCGAGGGCAAGCUCGGUGGGCAUCUCAAGACGCGCAGCGUCACGCUCAUCACCGCGCGAAGCGCGUACAAGCUGCACGGCGCGAAGAUGAUCAAAGACGGCCGAUGGGUCGUAGACGACUACUACGAGGACCAGGCGCUGGCAAGCAUCACCGAGCAGGGUCUACGAGCAGGCGACCCCGUCGGCGAGCUGCCAGAUCCGCGCGCGAACGCGAAGGCGGCGGCGGAGGCGGCCGACGCCGAAGCGGCGCAAGGCCCGCGCGGCACGGGCGGCGGGAUGUAUCGCGCCGGGGGCGCGACGACGCUCUUCGGUGGGAGCGGAUGGGGCCCAUUCAGCGAGGGCCCGCUGAACGCGGUUAAGAAGAGUUACUACGGCCGCGAGGGCCUGACGGAGGAGAACUGGAUGUGGGUCGCGGCUGAGCGGACGCUGCGCGCGAACGCGGAGUGGCGCCGGCUCAGGGCGGACGGGCUGAAGGCGGUGGGCGGGAUAUUGGGAGAUAGAGGGACGAAGCGGCGGAAGACCGAGUAUGGGCAAGAUCGGCUGCCGAUGGGGAUCUACGAGCCGCAAACGGGUGUGGUACUGUACCGGUCGGAUACGCAGCCGACGCGGAGCAGGUGGGAAGCGCUCCCGGACGAGGGGGAGAAGCGGGCGGUAUUGGGCGGGACGAAGGUCGGGAACGGCGCGUGGGCGCUGGCAUGGGUAGACACCGUGAUGGAGCUCCCGACGGACGACGAGCGCGAUCCGGAUGCCGACAAGCGCGCGGAGCUCCUCGAGUCCGUACGAUGA